AUGGGACGUAAGAAGAUCCAGAUCACUCGGAUCAUAGAUGAGCGGAACAGGCAGGUCACAUUUACAAAAAGGAAGUUUGGACUAAUGAAGAAGGCCUAUGAGUUGAGUGUCCUGUGUGACUGUGAAAUAGCCCUGAUUAUUUUCAACAGUUCAAAUAAACUUUUCCAAUAUGCAAGCACUGACAUGGACAAAGUCUUAUUAAAGUACACUGAAUACAACGAGCCUCACGAGAGCCGAACCAACUCUGACAUUGUGGAGGCACUAAACAAGAAAGAACUCAGAGGCUGUGACAGCCCAGACCCUGAUAUGUCAUAUGUUCUCACCCCUCACACAGAGGAGAAAUACCAAAAAAUAAAUGAAGAGUUUGAUAUUAUGAUGAGAAACCACAAAGCUCCAGCAGUCCAGCAGAGUUUCUCCAUGCCUGUGACAGUACCAGUGUCAAAUCCCAGUGCCCUCUCAUACAGCCCAGGUGACACAGUGGGGACCCACACACCAGCGAUAGCUACAGCGUCUCUCAGGGACAGUGACAUGUCGUCCCCAGCUCAUGCUGUCCUGCACAGGGGUUUAUUGUCUCCAGCAGCUCCGCAGUGCUCCCCUAGCAUCAGAACAACAGUGAAUGGUUUUGUUGGCAAACCCAGUGGAAGCAGCUUGGGGAGAGUCACGCCAGCAUUAUCUCCAUCACCCCCUGCUGUGAGUCUCGCUACCACCACCCACAAGUCAGACUUACGAAUCGUCAUCCCACCCACCAACAAACACAUGACGUCCGCACUGAACACUAAAAGGAUAAACAGUCCCCAGUGUAGCCAGUCACUGGCCACACCAGUGGUGUCUGUGACCACACCCAGUCUGCCAUCACCUGAUCUAGUGUAUUCAGCCAUUACCUCCACCUACACCUCAGAUUCUGCUCUUAACAGUGCAGAGGUCAACAGCUUAACAGACUUCAGUUUGCCAGACAGCUUCUCUCUGGGCUCAGGGUCGUCAUGGCAGCAGAGUCAUCUGGGCCAGGCAGCGCUCAGCUCUCAGGGUGUUGUGCAUCACCUACCUCAGGGUUCCAGCUCAACUACUAAUGCUCCUCCGGAGCUUAGCAUCAAGUCUGAGCCUGUUUCUCCACCUCAAGAUAACAUGGCUCCAUCAGGCUUCCUUAUCCAGCCUCCUGUUCCAUCAGCAACUGACAGCCUCAGCUCCUCCAGCAGCCUGCAUGAGGAGAGUGACCCUGAAGACCAGCGUUCUGGUUCCCAGUCGUUUGUGGGCCCAGGCAGAUGCUUGGCUGAGUCAGAGGCCAGGGAGAUCCCUGCAGUCAAACGCAUGCGUGCAGAGUGA